AUGCAGAAUUCGGGUGCUGUAAACACGAACAAGACAAAUGACCAAGCGAGAAGCGGCGCUGAACGAGGCGCUGGAAUGAUCAUGCCCGCAUCACCAUUGGAACAAGAAGUAAACUGUAGGUUUCAAAUACCACGGACUAUAAACGAAACUCGAAGCGAAACAAAUGAAGCUGAACAUGACUCAAGUACUGCGAAUUCUGGCCAAUUGACGGCUUGGCAAUAUAACCCCAGCCAAAAUUAUGGCUAUGGCAACAGCGCUCGACGAAUACGACAGCCUUCACCAUACACGCGACGGAAUCAGCGAAGUGUGUCAACCAGCCGACAAACCAGAAUGGCCUCAGCUUGCAAUUCAUGUGCAGUGACCACAACGAUGAAAGAAAUUGUCUUAUUAGUGGCUCCGAACGAAACAGAUGUGCCCAAGUAUGCGAAAAAAGUAGAAUUACAUAAAAAUGGUAUGAUUAUGGAUGCUGUUGAAAUUGACAGAAACUGGUCGGAGAAAGAGCUAAGAGAAAAAAUUGAAGCAUUGCUUGCUGACAAGUUGAAAGGCGCAAGGUGA